AGCCAUUAGAUGUAUUCUAAUUAUUAAUCAAGUCCGAUAUGAAACUGUUAUCAAUUAUUGUUAAGGUGGUAUAGCAGACACAUCUCUUUGAGGCGGCAAAGUUUAACUUACUCUACAACAAUUCAAAACGUCUUUAUUUCUGCGUUGUUUUAUUUUAUCACGCAUUUAUCAGCUGAAACUGUCCAAAUCAAUGCAAAUAAUCAAUAGGCUACUUUUUAGAAAAAAAGUAUCUACAUCAUUUGCCUUGAAGAUCUUACGACAAUUUGAAGGAAAUAUUACACUAUGUGCAUUGUACUGUCAUUGAUGUGAGAUUAAACAUGAGUAAUUGGUUAAGGAGUCGAAAUACUGCCGUUAAUAACUCCGAUCAAAACAAUCCAAAUGAUAUAAUCAACGAAGAGAAUCCAUCUUCUACAGCACAACCUUCUACAAUAACCUUGAGUGAAGCUUUACAACAAAAGAUAGAGGACCAGCAACUUCCAGGAUGGUUCAAAACUCAACAAAUAUCGGAAAAAUUCAACUUUGUGCGAUAUGUUGAAAUCACACUGAAAGAGUUUACCAUAUAUAUUAUAUUUUAUAUUUUAUUAUGGAGUGCCAUUUUCAGUUAUUCAAGGGAUGAAGAUUUUUAUUAUCAGUAUACAAUAAAGAAAGUGUACGAAGAAACACAAUUCAACUGUUUCAAUGUAACUGGAACCAUCAGCAUGAAUGAUAUCAGUACAAUGGAACAAUAUUGGUGUUUCAUUACCAAUUUUCUGGUCUCCAGUUUCCACUGGAAGUUCUGGUUCGGUUCAAGAGAUAAGGUGUACAUCGCAACAACAGAAGAUGAGAACAUACUCUUCAAUAACUAUUUGAUAGGAGUGCCUCGCAUCAGACAGGUGAGAGUCACAAAUCAAUCUUGUGAAAUACACGAUGAAUUCAAACAAAGGUUUAAGCAUUGCUACGGUUUCUACUCUUCUAGUACUGAGGAAACAGGUAUGAUCUAUCCAACCAAUGAUGGCGUAACUGGCAACCAAUCAUGCUGGAUGUAUGCGACAGCCGGUGAACUAGAAUCUAGGUCGUAUGCUGGUCAAUUGGCAACGUACUAUGGAGGCGGCUACACCUUGGAGCUCACUCUUGACGAGGAAACAGACAAGGCGAUGCUCGUUAUCCUCAAGGACAACCUGUGGAUAUCUAGAGCAACACGAGCAAUAUUCGUCGAUUUUGCCACUUUGAAUACCAAUACUGAAUCAAUGUGCUUCAUCAAAUUAGUAUUCGAAUUUCCUCCGACGGGUGGAGUAUAUCCUUCGACAAAUUUCUACCUGAUACAACUGAACCGUUAUUACAUGGACUUGGAACAUUAUGGUCUGAUGGUUCUUAUCUGCCAAAUAUUGAUUAUAUUCUUCACAAUCUACUUCACACUGGUGGAAAUAAACGAGUUCAUAGUUUUGAAAUACAAAUCAUACUUUGCAUCAUGGUGGACUAUAUUAGAUCUGAUUAUUCUGGUGUUGCUUUGGAUGUCAAUUAUCGGACACAUACUUCUAUGCUUCCUGGUUGGUUAUAAUGUGCGCAAUAAGUUGAGUGAGAAUGUACUUGAGCAGAGAACUUACAGAAGCUUCGACAGCCUCAUCUCAUGGCAUAGCAUACAUGCCUCCAUCGUGGCAUGGACAUUGUUUUUCGCUGCUCUCAAGUUUUUGAGACUAUUGAAAAUUUUCCGAUUCGUUAGGAAUUUAUUUGAAAUUAUAUUCCAGGCUUCAUAUAACAUUCUCGCAUUUAUAAUGUUAUUUUCAACGAUAAUACUUGCUUGUGGUCUGAUUGCUCAUUUGCAAUUUGGUGAUAAAGUCCGUGGUCUACAAACUUUUCCUUCAGCCUGUUGUUCCCUUGUAUUGGCUCUAGUGGGACAUUUCGAUUUGCAACUUCUCAUAGAAUACGAUACAUUCAUAGGAUCAACAUUUUGCUAUUUCUACAUUUUUCUAGUCUUUUUCAUUGUGACGAAUAUAAUUAUUGCCAUCCUGAAUGAACGAUAUUGGAUAGUAAAUAGACUACUGAGUCGAGAACAUGAUGAAGACCUGUGGGAACCCUUCAGGUUCAAGUUGCAAGAAAAGUUGUACAAAAUGGGCUGUAAAGAUUGCUCGUCAAGAUGGUUCAAGUAUGACCAAUUGAGCAAAUCUGAGAAAAAAUAUAAUGCUUUGAAGGAUGAAUAUGCUAGGAGAACUGAGGGAACAUUGGAGGAAGCAGAAGAGUUUUUGAAGAAUGCAAAUGUCACCAAGAAGAAUGCGGCAAAAAUUCCCAAGAAGGAUAUACGAAGCCUUAUGAGAGGUGCAGGCGGCACAAGAUCAGACAAAGACUUGAAUAAGAGAUUGUCCCGGUUGGAAGCAGAAAUAAGAAGGUUGAAUACGGAACUCAACUCAAGAGGAUGAAAUCAAAGUCCAACCAACAAAGAAACAUUGCAAAUACUUUGUUGUUUUUGGCAGUAGGUCUAAUGCUGUUUUCAAAUAAAAACAAUUCCGAAUAGACACAUUCCA